AAGAGAGAAGGAGUAACAAGAAGUAACCAAACAAUGUGUGGCUGCUCUGGUUUUCCUGUGAUCAUCAUGAUCUCCUUCAUGCCUGGUUUUGUGGGGAGUGAGCUAAAACUGUCAAGACAAGGACAGACUGACAGUCAACUCACUAAAGGCCUCCAUGGAUUCAGAGUCAAACGUGGCUGGAUCUGGGACCAACUGUCAGUUGAGGAAGAAGAUCCUACUCCAAAAAUAAUUGGUCAGCUGAAGUCAACCUACGACACAGGAGACUUUGCCAUCAGGUAUAUCCUGUCUGGAGAGGGCGCAGGAGAGAUCUUUAACAUUGAUGAGUUCAGUGGUGAAAUCCAUAUUCAUAAGAGGCUGGACAGGGAAAAGAAGGCGUUCUAUGUGCUCCAUGCCGAAGCUGUUGACCGCAGAACUGGUCACCCAGUGGAGCCUGAGUCAGAGUUCAUCAUCAACGUCCAGGAUAUCAAUGACAAUGCGCCACAGUUCAUAAAUGAACCCUACACAUCCAGUAUCCCUGAGAUGAGCCCAACAGGGACUACAGUGGUUCAAGUGACAGCUAUAGAUGCAGAUGACUCCAUGUUUGGAAAUAAUGCCAAACUCAUCUAUUCCAUUUUGCAAGGAGAGCCCUACUUCUCAGUGGAACCAAAGACAGGCAUAAUUGUGACCUCUUGGCCAAACAUUGACAGAGAAGCAAGCGAUAUGUACCUUGUUGUAAUUCAGGUGAAAGACAUGCUUGGAAUUACUGAAAGCUACAGUGCUACAACAACAGUGACCAUAACCCUUACAGAUGUGAAUGAUAAUGGGCCUACCUUUCAACAUAACCUGUACAUGUUUGCCAUAGUGGAAUCAGCACCAGUUGGCACAAUAGUUGGUAGGGUCAUGGCAGAAGAUGCUGAUAUUGGCAUGAAUGCCAGGAUGAACUACACUCUAGAUGACCUAGAGGAAAACACCACUUUCAUAGUCCAGACAGAUCCUGCCACACAGGAGGGUAUAGUGAUACUGGCCAGACCUUUAGAUUAUGAGAGCAAGAGGCACUUUGUGAUUGCCAUAGAGGCCAUCAAUUCUUUUGUGGACACACGAUUCCUAAGCAUCAAUGAAUUUCGGGAUAGGACAAUGCUCAAAAUUCUGGUGAUGGACGUGGAUGAGCCACCUGUCUUUUCUGCACCUUUCUAUGAGUGGAAAGUUCUAGAGAAUGCACUUGUUGGUACAGUGGUUGGCACAGUACUUGCCAGAGAUGCAGAUUCUGCCAAUAACCCUAUCAGGUUUUCCAUAGCCAAUAACAAUGACUUGAAGAAUGCCUUCAGGAUUGACACCAACAAUGGAACAGUGUCCCUGGCCAAACCUUUGGACCGAGAGACUACAGCAUGGCAAAAUUUUACUGUUAUUGCUCAAGAAAAAAGUAAAAAUCAGCAUUCCUCAGUUUCUGUGGUCAUUAAUGUCCUUGACGUCAAUGACAACAUACCCAUUCUCUCUAGGGACUACAAACCCUAUGUGUGUGAGGGCACACAGGCAGGGGAAGUCAUCCAGGUUAUCAGUGCUGUGGAUGCAGAUGAUUCAACAGAAGAUCAUCAUUUUUAUUUUUCCAUGGUGCCAGAUAAAAACAUUAACCCCAACUUCACCAUCAGGGACAACCAAGACAACACAGCAGGCAUUUUGACUCGUCGUAGCACAUUUACACAUCAGGAUCAGAUACUGUAUUAUCUCCCCAUGGUCAUAACAGACAGUGGCUCUCCUGCUCUAUCCAGCACUACCACAUUCACCAUCAGUGUGUGUGUAUGCCAGUCUAGAGGGGACUGCCCAUCCAGUGGAAUAGAAGCAUUGGCCCUAACUAUGGGUGUCAGCCUGCAGGCUCUCCUAGGCCUCUCAAUAUGCUUCAUCACAAUAAUAGUGCUUGCUUUACUAAUGGUAGCUGUGUGGAGACACAGGACAGUACAACAGCAGAAACUUGCUGUCCAGGAACCUGACACAGAGGAGUACUCGCAGAAAAUCAUACAUUACAGUGAGAGUGGUAUUCCAGGUGCAGCCAGCUCUAGCCAGUUAGUCCAACUGAGGCCACACCCACACCGCCGCAAGCACGCAUUCUUUAGAGAGGAAGUGGUAGCAAGUGUACGCCUGUCUCUAUGCCACUCACACCUUAUUGGUCCAGAGGAUGAAGUCUUCCACCAGUUUAUAAUAGACCGGCUGACUGAGGCUGACCAGGACCCCUGUGUCCCUCCCUUCGACUGUUUGCACACUUAUGCCUAUGAGGGUACUGGGUCACUUGCAGGAUCUCUUAGCUCACUGGAAUCUUCAAACUUUGACCCUUAUUUCAAUCGACCCCAUGACCCUGGCCCAGGGUUUUUAAAACUAUCUCGCUGGCAAGGUUCUAGUGAUCAUGAGACUUCAUUCUGAACUGAGGAGAAAUUAGAAAAAUUAGGCAUUAACUGAACUCCGGUGAGGACCCCUGUGAUAUGACAGCUGCCAACCAGGGAGGGUGACAAGUAUUACAUGAUUACUUGAAGCCAGCCAUCUGCAUUUUUUCAAACUGCUGCUCCUCAGGCAUCACAGUCAAAGGGUAUUUCUCAAUGUCAAGUUUAGUGCCCCAUGCCGUGGCGAUAGGCAUGACAUUUUAAAAAUCCUUAACUUUCACUUCAGGGCACUCUGAGUUCUUUUAAUUUGUGUUUAUACAAUUAUUGUACA